CCAACGAGCACGGGGAAGGCGGGCUCACAGUGCGCAGCGCUGAGGAGGGAGGAGGAGGUGUCGGCGGAGCUCCGGGACGGGAGAGAUCAGACGAGAAUCUCCAAUUGUGUGCUGAGCCUUCUGUCUGGUGGAAGUCAUGUCAUCCAUAUUGCCAUUCACUCCACCAGUUGUGAAGAGACUUCUUGGGUGGAAAAAAUCUGCUGGUGGCUCUGGAGGGGCUGGUGGUGGUGAGCAGAAUGGGCAGGAGGAGAAGUGGUGUGAAAAAGCAGUGAAAAGCUUGGUCAAGAAGCUAAAGAAAACGGGACAGCUGGAUGAGCUCGAGAAGGCCAUUACCACUCAGAACUGCAAUACCAAGUGUGUGACAAUACCAAGCACUUGCUCUGAAAUUUGGGGACUGAGUACACCAAACACGAUAGAUCAGUGGGACACAACAGGCCUUUACAGCUUCUCUGAACAAACCAGAUCUCUCGAUGGCCGACUGCAGGUAUCGCAUCGUAAAGGAUUACCACAUGUCAUCUACUGUCGUCUGUGGCGCUGGCCGGAUCUUCACAGCCACCAUGAACUUAAAGCAAUUGAAAACUGUGAAUACGCUUUUAAUCUUAAAAAGGAUGAAGUAUGUGUAAACCCAUACCACUACCAGAGAGUGGAGACACCAGUCUUGCCUCCUGUACUAGUGCCACGGCACACUGAGAUCCUAACAGAGCUUCCUCCUCUUGAUGACUACACCCAUUCCAUUCCUGAGAACACUAAUUUCCCAGCUGGAAUUGAACCACAAAGCAAUUACAUACCAGAAACACCACCUCCAGGAUAUAUCAGUGAAGAUGGAGAAACGAGCGACCAGCAGUUGAACCAAAGCAUGGAUACAGGAUCUCCAGCAGAACUGUCUCCCAGUACUCUCUCUCCAGUUAACCAUAGCCUGGACUUGCAGCCAGUCACUUAUUCAGAGCCUGCGUUCUGGUGUUCAAUAGCAUAUUACGAAUUGAAUCAAAGAGUGGGAGAAACCUUCCAUGCAUCACAACCUUCCCUGACUGUAGAUGGCUUCACAGAUCCAUCCAAUUCAGAACGGUUUUGUCUAGGUCUGCUUUCCAACGUCAACAGAAACGCAACAGUGGAGAUGACAAGGAGACACAUAGGAAGGGGAGUGCGUCUCUAUUACAUUGGUGGAGAAGUUUUUGCCGAGUGUCUCAGUGAUAGUGCAAUUUUUGUUCAGAGCCCCAACUGUAAUCAAAGAUAUGGCUGGCAUCCUGCAACUGUCUGCAAAAUCCCACCAGGAUGCAAUCUAAAAAUCUUUAAUAACCAAGAAUUUGCUGCUCUUCUGGCUCAAUCUGUGAAUCAGGGUUUUGAAGCAGUCUAUCAGCUUACCAGAAUGUGUACCAUCAGGAUGAGUUUUGUUAAAGGAUGGGGAGCUGAGUACAGGCGGCAGACAGUCACAAGCACUCCUUGCUGGAUUGAACUUCAUCUGAAUGGACCUCUACAAUGGCUGGACAAAGUAUUGACUCAGAUGGGCUCCCCUUCAGUACGCUGCUCCAGCAUGUCGUAAAACUCCUUCCUCUGCUACCAGUGGGCUAAAUACCAAGGCCCAUCAACAGACUUCAUAGAACAGCUCGUCUGUCGUAGUAUUUGUGUGUGGUCCCCAUGAACUGUUUACUAUCCAAAAAAGGUUUUUUUUUUUUUUUAAAAAAAAAGAAAAACAGCACUUGAGGUCUCAUCAAUUAAAGCACCUUGUGGAUUCUGUUUCCUAUACUCUGAUACUAGAUGAAAACUUAGUGUAUAGAAAUGCCUUCUUCAGAGAGAAGAAGGAACAGUUCUAAAGACUCUUAAUGGUGUUUUUAUUGGGUAUAUAAUUGAGUGUCCUAAUGGUUUAUCAAUAACAUGGAUAGCUAAGUAUAUGUACAGGUAAUGUAUCAUGAUCUCAGAUAUUGCAGUAUUGUGCUGUUCUGCAUUUUAGUUCCCAUAAUUAGAUGUUUGGUUUGUUUUUAGAUUGAGGCAAAUCUCACAAAAUUCCAAGACUUGACUCCUUUAUUCUUUUAUAAUUUUUUAUAUAAGCAGGUUUUCAAGUUGUCCUAAACAUAAAAAGCAGACUUUCCUUGUAGAAAAGCUUAACUUUUUGCUGCCUUCUUAAAGAAAAUCCCUCCCUUAGAAGGGGAAGAAAUGUCUGAGAUUUAUCUGAAAUCUCAGGACUAUUUGUAUAUUCUUAAUGGGGCCUAAAAUUAAUCUCUGUACUCUAAAUUGUGAGUAUCCAUCACACUAGGAGUCUACUUUUCCUUACCCAUCUGAGCUGAGGCGUCUGUUGCCAGCAGUAUUGCUGGCACUGUGUUAGUUGAGACUUUUUUGUACCUUGGAUCACUGAAAUCAUUGCUUUUCUCAUAGGGUGAGAAUUGAGCAUAGCAUUAGAUACUGGAUUAAAUACAAAAGGGUAUUGAAUUACCCGUUACAUCUGUAUGCUUUCAAUAAACAGAUGUUACUUAAAAUCUUGGGGAUUUUUUUGUUUGUUUGUUUGUUUGUUUUGAGCCAAAAACCUUGAAAAAUCCUUUCCCAGAGUAAACUAGACUCUUUCUUAUAGGUUUUUAAUAGAUGCAGCUUCUUAACAUGUUUCAGUAACAGAACUUAAAUCUCUGAUCUGAGUGGCUUUGUACAGCUUACUGACGUACCAGAUCAUACUCAUUCAUUAUGUCAUAAUGGGCCUUGUUAUUAAAAGUAGUUGCUUCUGCAAAACCUUUAGGAUAGUGGUUGGUGAGGUAUGACCAGCGAAGGAGGACUUCUAGGUUCUUCACAACCGUGCAUGUUAUUGUGAACCCUUGGACACUACAGCUGCACCAUAUUAAAAAUAUUCUGAAAUAUAUUCUACUGAUAAGUCUGGGUUGGGGAAGGGUUGGGAAACUGUAUAGAAGGGUUAUUCUGACUUGAAAAAUAUACAUCUUACUAACAAUCUUGUGAUCUAGCUGUCUGUCAUUCUUCUGUUAUUGUGGCAGUAGCAGGAUUGCUUUUGUCUGUUCUUUCCCGUUGUUUCACACAUUACACUAGCACUGUGCUUUGUGAGUACAGCUAGUGAUGACUUGGAGAACAAAAACAUGGCCAGUGUUACAGCUUCUGAUCAGUUGAUUGAGUGGAGGGUAGUGGUGGAUAUUUUUAUGCCAUAAUGACUAGGGCGUAGAAGCAAUACCAAAAAAUCAAGCCUUGAAAAAGAGGGCCAGCCACCUUUUAAAAAUUGGCAAAGCAGUUACCAGUUUGUGCUAGUUUUACCAGUAGACUAAUGUAUUGGUAGAACUUGUGAACCUAAGAAAUAAGCUUCAUGAGUGUUGCAUUUGCCUAAUAUGUGAAUACACUAAUAAAAGUUUUAAUUCUCACA